UCUAUUUGUAUCUAUUUCUUUUGCAUUUCAUAAGUACCCACAUUAUUCAUUCACAUGGUGCUUAUUAAAAAGCCUCCAUAGCACAAAGCUCAGCCUCUCACGGCUUCUGUCAUUAUCUUCAUCAUCACCUCCACCACCAUGUCCUUCUCCUUCUUUACCAUUUUCUUCUCUCUUCUUCUUCUUCUUCACUUGUUCUUCCAGUUUUGUUACUGUGCUACAAUUUUAGUUGAUGGAGCCUCAGAGUGGAAGAACCCUACAGUUCAUAUUGGAGAUUCCAUCAUUUUCAAGCACAAGCAACACUACAAUCUGUACAUUUUCAAGAACCAGAAAGCCUUCGAUCUCUGCAAUUUCACUCAAGCCACUCUUCUCACCAAAUCUCACGCAACCUCCUAUACGUGGCACCCAUCGCGUCCUGGUCCCUUCUACUUCACCUUCAACGACGGGUCGUUUAAAGCAUGUCAAGCUUCUCUAAAGCUAGCCAUAAAGGUCUCACCAGCAAUGCCGCCGGAGCUUUCUCCGACGGGAGCUCCCUCUCUGGCUCCAGCCCCCGGCGGGUCAGUGUCGUCGUCCCCUGCAUUCCCGUGGCCUUUCCGUCCUCGCCAAGCAGAUUCACCUGGUCCGGCACCGGCGGCAAGUUCGACGGCGACAUUUCCGUUAGUUCCUAACAAAGGAGGCGGAAGCAACAUGCCGUUUAUCAACAGCAACCCUGCGGUUCCUCUGCCUACUGGUGAGGUGGACUCGGCGACCAUUCGCCCUCUUCCCACCUCAGGCCAAGAGAGACAGGUGAUGAUGGUGAUUGGGUUGUGUGGAUUUGAAAUUGCUGGGUCCGUCCUCACUUUAUUGCUGAUGCUUUAGAGAGGGGCAGAGAUGAUGUAAAGUAGUAGAGAGACUAAUGAUUGGGAUUAUAUAUAUAACAAUGCAGUUUAUGUAAUGAAAUGUAUUGUAUUUAGAUUCUCUUCCACUUUCACUUUUGGACUUUCUAUUCUCAUUACUCAUUCUCA